UGUAGUCAUGGCUGCUGGUUGUUGUGGGGGGAAGAAGGAGAAACAAAAUUAUUUUAAUCCUUGUUGCAAUGGAACAAUCGUUCAUCCUUACACUACAGAGCCAAGUAUGUACAGAAAUGGAAUGGUUGCAUGCGUUGAAAUGUGUUUCUGCUUUGAUGUCUUAUAUUGUCAUUUGAAUCAAUAUGAAUCACCGAAGACACCGAAUUUCCCCAAUGAAAGCUAUCCGUUGUUUGUCACAUGGAAAAUUGGUAAAGAUCGUAAACUGCGAGGUUGUAUAGGAACAUUCAAUUCCAUGAAUUUAGCUACUGGUCUCAGAGAAUAUGCUGUAACUAGUGCAUUCCGUGAUAGUCGCUUCAGUCCAAUUACCCGAGAGGAGUUUCCUAAGCUACAUGUAUCAGUUUCAAUCCUUCGUCAUUUUGAAGAUGGACAAGAUUAUCUAGAUUGGCAGAUUGGUAUGCAUGGUAUACGUAUUGAAUUUAAUACAGAAAAAGGCUACAAACGAACAGCUACAUACCUUCCUGAAGUUGCUCCCGAACAAGGUUCCAUGACCUUUAGAAAUUUGCAGACUAUGGAACUUACGUGAAAACAAUAAGUAUGGUUUUUGUAUGCGAAUUAGUAUCAUUGAGAUCAUGUGAUGUCUUAACAAGUUUAUGGACAGCUUGAAAAUGUUUCAAACCUAUUUUAGAAUAUUCAGUAGUUUUUAGAAUUAAAAACCAAAAAUUACAUUGAUAUAACACUCACAAAUUGCUUUCUUAAUCUUUUUAAAAUAAAAUUAAAAGUAUGAAUGUGAAAGCUUUUGUUUAAGCUAUAAAAUGUAGCAUAAAGUAUUUAUGAAUAUGCAAAAAAUCUGAAGAAUUUAAAAUACUAUAGAAGCAUUUAAUAAAAAUGCCUAAUAUUAUGUUGUCUCAUGAAUGAUGCAUAUUUUUCUUAAUGUAAUAGUUAAACAGAUCGUUGUUUAAUUAACAGUGAACUGUAAAAUCAUAUUCAUUUCAUGCCAUUACAGAAUGUGUUGUUCUUAUAACUGUAUAUUUAUUGAAUUCAUCUAAAGCAGGAUUAUUGCUUUUUCACACUCAUGUGAUCAUACACAAUUUUAUGGUUGUAGUAAAUGCCCUCUGUCUCUCUUCUCCCCCCCCCCCGGGUCAAGUUACAUGUAUGAAAUAUGUAUGGGGGGGAAUCUAUUAUGAUUUUUCAAGAUUCAGCGAGUAGGAGGUUUUUUGAUACUUGAAAACAACAUAACGAAUAUUUUUAAUAAGCAGAACUGUCAUAUGUACAUUAAAUAUACUGAAAUUGAUUGACAUGGAAUCUUAAUAUUUUUGUUAUUUAUAAGCAUAUCUUUGCAGAAUUUAGGUUGACUGAAAUUGUUUGUGUAGUAUGUGAAUUUAAUUGCUACUCUGUAAAAGAAAAAAUGGAAAAGGAGUGUUUUUGUGUAUUCCUUAUAUAUUGUAUGUUUUGAAUAAAUCUGUUUUAUUAAUGGAAGGGGGAAAUGUGCCAAUUUAAAUAGCAAACUCAGGUUCUAAAUAGUUUGAAAGAAACAGCUUGUAUGAUUUGGAAGAAGUGUGAAAUUGAAGUUUACUUGUAGUACUUUUCACAGAAGACAGCCACUCUUUCUGUUCUAAGAUUUUAUUACUGUAGGCGUUUGAAUUUUAUUAUAUGUGUUUCAGGUGCUUUUAAUGUAUAAUGUCGAAAUAUAAAGGUUUAUUCAGAAAGUCUUAAUUUUUUGAACUCUUAACUAUUAAAAAACGAUAAAUCUGAUCUUUUAUUAAUAUAAUAAUUAAAAUAUGUUUUGGGAACUCAUUAACAUUUUAUUAAUUUUAAUACUUGUUGAAACUCAUAUGAAUGAACAUACUGUACAAAGUUUCAGGGUUGCCACGCUACCUGGAAAACCGGGAGAACCGGGAAAAGUCAGGGAAUUCGAAAAUUGACCAAAAAAUUCAGGGAAAAGUCAGGGAAUUUAAGUAUUUUUGUCAAAAUCUGGAAA